AUGUCCAAAGUCUCACACUACAACAGCACCAACCCUGCUACCGGGCUGCUGGUGAAGAGCUUUCAGAGCGCCUCGGAUGAAGAGGUCUUCUCGGCGCUGGCAAAGGCUCACGACGCCUACAUCAAAAUAUGGCGCGAGACUCCUGUUGUCAAGCGAUGUGAAAUCGUGGGCAGAGCUGCUGCCUUGAUGCGCGAGCGUAAGCAAGAAUUAUCCGAGAUUGCCGUCAUGGAGAUGGGUAAGACCAUCAGUGCAAUGGAGGUGGAAGUGGACAUCUCGGCAGAUAUUUUGGAAUACUACGCCAAGAACGGUGAAGAGUUCCUGAAGACUGUGCCUUGUCCUGGUGUACCCGGUGCCGAAGUCAUUUCUGAGCCGAUCGGCGUCAUCCUAGCUAUUGAGCCUUGGAACUUCCCCUAUUAUCAGAUUGCUCGUGUGGCCGGCCCUCAGAUUGUGGCCGGAAACACCAUGCUGGUCAAGCCUGCAUCCACCCUAAUGAUUGAUGCUGGGGCACCUGUCGGGGUGUAUACGAAUCUUCUGUGCUCCGUUUCUCAGAUCAACGCCCUGAUUGACAACUUUCUCGUACGGGGAGUCACUCUCACCGGUAGUGAGCGAGCCAGUGCUGCAGUAGCAGAACGUGCUAGCCGCAAUAUGAAAAAGGUCGUGCUAGAGCUCGGUGGCUCAGAUCCCCUCAUCGUUUUGGAAGAUGCAAAUCUUGAAGAAGCUAUCCAAGUGGCCGCCGCUGGCAGAAUGAUUUGUAUGGGUCAAGCUUGCGCCUCCAUUAAGCGCUACAUCAUCAUUGGUAAGGAGCGCGGCGCCGAGUUUCAGGAGGGAAUUGUGAAAAUUUUCUCAGCUAUGCAGCCUGGCGACCCAAUGGAUCGAUCAACUACACUGGGGCCAUUGUUUGCAGAGAGUGGCGUCCGUGACAUUUUGGCCCAGGUCGAGCAGGCUAGGGCUGCAGGUGCUACAGUUGUCCAUGGUGGAAAGCGUGUUGGCCACUUUGGGCCCGUCGCCUCCCUAUACGUGGUAGACACGGAAGAGGAGGCUAUUGAAAUUGCUAACGCGACCACCUUUGGCCUCGGUUCAUCAGUCUAUUCCUCCAACAUUAAGCACGCUAAAGAGAUUGCUGCCAAGAUGGAGGCCGGCAUGGUUUUUAUCAACUCCGCUCUUAAUGCUGGUGCGGAUGUGCCAUUUGGGAGUGUAAAGAAUUCUGGAUUUGGUAGGGAGCUUGGCGAGUUGGGAAUUGGCGAGUUCCUGAACAAGAAGUUGGUCCGGGUUCACCAAAAGUAUCUGUAAUGUACUUUAGGCAUCAUAGUUCAAGAU